UCCGUCGCUGUUCAGUCUCUCCUCCCGGGCAGGUCGCGCCGCGGUGGGGCGAUCGUGCGAUGCGGUGACGUCGGUGUGGCGGGGCGCUGCCAUUGGCGGCAGCGGGGUGACGGGCCAUGUGGCGCGUGCUGCGCGGAGCCGGUGCCGUGGCCUGCCGCGGAGCCGCCGUCCCUCAGGGGCGGUGCUGCCGCCGGCGCGUGUGGGGCCGGCACCAGGCGCUCGCGUCCGCCACCGGCCUGCGCGGGGAGAAGGCCCGGGCGCGGAGAACGUGUGCCACCGUCGCGAUGCCUGAGGUAAACACAGAGCACCUGGAUGAGCAGCAGGUGCAGCUCUUGGCAGAGAUGUGCAUCCUGAUCGAUGAGAAGGAUAACAAGAUUGGAGCGGAUACCAAGAAAAACUGCCACUUGAAUGAAAACAUUGAUAAAGGUUUACUGCACCGAGCUUUCAGUGUUUUCUUAUUUAAUACAGAAAAUAAACUGUUAUUGCAGCAGAGGUCAAGUGCAAAAAUUACAUUUCCAGAUUGUUUUACCAACACUUGCUGCAGUCAUCCUCUAAGCCAUCCCCUGGAACUGGAAGAAAAUAAUGCUAUCGGUGUUCGGAGAGCAGCACAGAGACGACUGAAAGCAGAGCUAGGAAUUCCCAUGGAGCAGGUGACUCCAGAAGAAAUCCAGUACCUGACACGAAUUCACUACAAGGCCAAGUCCGACGGGAUCUGGGGAGAACAUGAGAUAGACUAUAUCUUAUUUGUACAGAAGGACGUAACGCUGAAUCCCGACCCUAACGAGAUCCAAAGCCACUGCUACGUGACACAGAAAGAACUGAAACAGCUCUUGGACAAAGCUUCCAGGAAUGAAGUUAAGAUUACUCCGUGGUUUAAACUCAUUGCAGAGACCUUUCUUUUUAAGUGGUGGGAUAACUUGCAUAAUUUGAACAAAUUCAUUGAUCACGAGAAAAUACACCGAAUGUAAAUAGCUGGGGGAAAUGAUGCUGAAAGCUGGCAAUGAUGUGCUGUCUCAUUGACACAACAGUAGCUCAUGUUACUGAGUGCAGAAGUCUGGUCCACUUGGAGCAUGUUUAGUAACUUCAUACGGAGAUGUUAUAGCCAAUGGUUUUUCUUCUGUCUUCACCUUUUUCCCCCCAGCCCUGUUCCUCAUGGGAGAGUUAACCUUGACCUCAUGUAAAAUGGCUAAUGGUAACAUAAGAAACCUCUAGGCUCGUGCUUCUCCAUUACCUGGUGUGAUACACGAGAUCCUCAGCCUGUGUGUGCCCGCUGUGCUCUUGUUCCCUUGCACAGCUCCACACGCUGUCCCGCUCCUCCGGUGGGCCUGGCCCCUCUGCAGCAGUGAUGACACACGGAUGCAAGCUCUGCACUGAUGCUGAGCAGGCUAGUUGCCCGAAGAAAAACCCAAUUAAUUCAAAGUCAUCAGGAUGACUUUAAUUGCAGAAAGCAAAUCUCUUCAGCUACUGUACUCUAUAAUUAACUGAGCACAUAAAAGCUUAAGUAAUUGGAGUGUCUGUGUGAUCAGUUUCACUUUGAAAUGCUGCAAUAGAUGUCAUAGCUUUAGAUAAUAGCCCAAACACCCCCCUCUCUCCCAAUGUUUUUCUUCCCACCACCCUUUUCUGGUCAGUUGAUGGUUAAAUACUGGACAUACCUUUAAAAAAGAGGGGGUGUGUUAAUUACAGCACACACAAACAGUGCCUGUCUAAUGCAGGAAUUAAAUGGCUCUUCUCCAAUUUCCAGAAAACAAAGGUAUCCUGAUAAAAGCUUUUUUUCAUGCAGCAUCUACUGUAAUGGUCAUCCGGACAGCUCAAACCUUUUGAACUCCAAACUUCAAGAUUAACAAUCUGUGGGCUUACACCCGGUCUUGAUUUUGGUUAAUCAGAAGUUGCACCAGGGUGCAAGAGCUGAUCUUUUUUGAUCUGUCAAUUGCUAGUAGUAAGAGUAGAGUGGAAGGCUUUAUAAAAUAAGACAAAUAAUGAAGGGUCUCUCAAUUUGAAUUAAAGAUUCUUGGGCUUUGUGGUUUAUUUUAUUCAUCAAUUGUGAUGUCUUCUGUUAGCAGAUAGCUCAACAUAGAUUUCUAAAUUUAACUUCUCCCAGAGGUGUCUUGCUGGAAUAGGAUGUCUUUCAUACUGCUUCUCAUUGCGCGUAAAACAGUUGUAACCAGCCUGUGUCUGGUUUUAAGGUCAAACUCCUUUUUCCCAGUGGUUAACAUGCUUCUCUUUCUUGUCCCAGUCAUGACUGCAGCACUGAAGCUUCCCAUGUGCCAGCAGCUCCCAGGGUUCAAUAGUUAAAAGUGUUAGAGCAAAGGCUGUUGUAUGUUGAUCUGACCUGAUGUAUUGUCUUGAAAAUAAUAGUGGGUGAGGGAACAGUGGUGCUGUGUAACCACUCAGUUAUUAAUUUGGUGCAAUCAAUCAGCCACAUUACUCAAGUAAUGUAUUACAGUACUUUUCAAAUACUUGAAAUACUUUUAAAAUACAAUAUUAAAGACUGUCAUUAAAAUACCUAAGCUAAAA